UCAAUAGCGAUGUAUCGCAUGAUACUUUGUCGGAGUCAAACGAAUCCUCCAUUGUUUGUGAUUCAAUAUUAGAGCACGACCGGCCUUGACAAUUUGUGCAUGCCAAAGAACAAGACAGUCCGACUUUUUUGCAACCACAUUUAGCACUGCAUCCCUUUUUGCAGUUGCAAAAAAUAGUGUUCAGCAGUUUUUCCGGCGCAGGUGGAAGUAAAGUUUGAACUGGCUCUAAUAUAUUGUUGACCAACUUCCAACCCCAGUCUGUAGGGUCUAGCUGAUAACCAAGCCACACUUGAACUUGAUAAUAUACUCGAAAAAGAUGUUGGUGAGCAGCAACUGAGGUUGGAGGAAGACAAGCUAAUUGAACUUGUUUUUUAUUUUUAGUAUUUUUAACGAAACAUGCAUAUCGAUGCUUAUCUAAACAGGUAGUUUUUUUAGGAGCUCCGUACAUAAAAAGAAGAAAGCGGAUGCCGUUGGUAAUAACUUCUUGUUGAGUUGAAUUACUCUUUUUAAAAACUUCAGCACAUUGAAUUAAAUCUUGUUUUUCAAACAUUUUGAAAACUGCUGUUUUACCCCUCCUGUAAAAUGCAGAUGUCUUAUCACAGCCAGUUAUUGCGUGUAAAAAUAGUACAUGAUCUUUACACUUUACUAAAGUAAAUAAACUUUUUGAUGAAUAUAUAUCUGAUUGAUGCUGAGCUUUUCCUGGUUUUAAGAAAAAAAUAGUUUUUUCAGUUGGCGUUCGAGCGGUGAGUAAUACAAGUAAGUCAACAUCUUCACCAACAACAAUAGUUGUAUUUGUCAAAUUGAAUUGCUCUAUUGCUGUUUCAAUAAUAACCUAGCCACGCACACAAUAGAACAAGAGACAGAUGUCUCGAAGUUACACUGGCUUAAAGAUUAAGGGACUGGGUUUCAUUUUACCUGAUAUUCUUGUAGUUAAAACUUAUGUAUAUUUUAUAUUUUAGUUCGGAUAUCUUAUCAGAAUUACUAGAAGUCGCUUUUAACAGUAUUAUCUAUUCACGGCAAUUGUACCCACGAGAAAUAUUUACCAAGAAGAAAAUUUACAGUACUGCCGUUUACAUAUCAGAACAUCCGGAGGUUAAUGAUUAUUUAAGAAAUAUUAUAUUGUCCGUAAAAGAACUUUUGGAUUCUGAUGUGACAUCUGUUAAGAAGAUUAAUUUUGUCAUUUGCGAUGAUGAGCAGAAGGAAAUUGAAAGAGUUGUCUUUGAUUUAAUGGAGUUCCGUUUUACUGAUAAUGAAGCAUUUUUAAUCCAUAGAAAAGAUCCGUAUUUCUUAAAAACCGAGGACGCUCUUCGAGAAUUAAAUCUGCGGUUGUUGAUGUCUGAUAAUUAUCUGAGUAAACUACCGAAGGAUUGUACAUUCUUUAUUGAAAUAGAAACCAAUGAAUCAGCUCACAUUGGUCUAAGCGAGAAUCCAAAGUGCCUUGAGUUUCCAUGGAUUGUUAAGAAACCGAGCGGUCAAUUAACACAGCAAAGUGAUAAUAAUUACUUAUUGCCUCUAACAACAAUUAAAACUGAAUAUUUAGGAUUACAAAUUUUUGUUAAGACUUCAAAUCCUUUAAAUAAAUGAAUUAUAUUCAAAGUU